CAGCAGAGACUAGAGGCUAGAUUUGCAGCGCAAACAGCCAUUUUUUUUAGAUUUGGGGAGUGCACGUGCCUAUGUUGUGUGUCGAUUUUUUAAAUUUGCAUACAAUAGCCGGGUAUUUUGGUGCAAUCCAUCGGUGAACCUUGUACAUAUAAGGAAGUUAAUAAUUGAGGUAGAAAAUGUCAUUGGAAAACACAAGUGAAAAUUUAAAUGUCCGGCCAGAGAUACAAGCCCAAAUGGAAGAAGUUCCAAUAUCAACUGGAAAUAUGGAGCACACAAAUACCGUAGAGAAAAACACAUCUGUAAAAGACGUUGGAGGAAACCUAGCGAAUAUUGGUACUCCUGUUGGGGACGUAGUCGUAAAAACCGAGAACUUAGAUAGUGAAUUACAGAGUGAUAUAAAAAAUCCUAUAAAUUUUGGAGCAAACCAGGAAAGUGAUGAAGCAAAAUGUGAUAUUUGUAGCACUGUUGAUGUAGAAAACAUAACAAAUAGUUUAGCCGAGAAGGUAAAUAUAAAAUGUCUCGAACCCUGCAGCAGUUCUACAGUUGAAGAACCUAAACGUGAUAAGAAAACUAUUGAAAUAACAAACAAAGAAAGAUCUAUAAUAUCUCCUGCAAAACUUCUAAAUAUAGUGAAUAAAUUAAGUACAUCGGAAGCAAGUCAAAAUAUGUCGAAAGUUAUUUUGAAGCAACAAACUGAUUCUUUGAAGAAUCUUUUGGCAUAUGAAAGCAGUUCAGGUUCAAGUGAUGAAGCUGAUGAAGAGGAAAAUUGGCAGUUCCACAGCAUCAACAAGAGCGAUAGUGAUUCUGAUGACUCAGACGAUUCGGAUGAUACAUCAAGCAGUGAUGAAGACGAAGAAGAUGAUGAUGAUGUUGGAUUGGGAUCCAAAAAACCAAAGGAAAAGAGCCAGCCGAAGCCAGACUCACCAAUUACGGAGAACUUAACCUUAAAAAUCUAUGCCGAAAAUAAUAUUCAUGAUCUACCGCCUAUUCGUGAUGUAUCUAACCUGGACAUUGAUAUGGAAAAAGAAGAGUUCUUACACAUGGGUCAUAUCGAAGCAGUCAUAGAAACUUUGAUAACAGUCGAAGCUAUUCCCGGUAUGCCAGCGUAUGACCUGGACACUUGCCUUUUUGUCGAGGACAAAACCCUGAAGAAACCUCUAGGUGCUGUUUAUGAUGUUAUUGGGCCUGUAGCCUCACCCUUGUAUUGUAUCCGUUUUCAGUAUGCUAGCGAUAUCGCGGAUCUUAAUCUCAAAAAGGGGAUGAAAGUGUUUUGCGCGCCCAAGAGCAAGUUCACAAGAUAUGUUUUCGUUAAGGAGUUGUUAAGACACAAGGGCACCGACGCCUCCUGGGUGGGCGACAUCGAACUACCACCCGAGAUAGCGGCUGAACUAUCCGACGACGAGUGCCAGCCCGAAUCCGAAGAACCCCGCAAACCCCAGAAACGCAAGCACGGCAGCCAGGAGCGGCACAAACGCUUCGAGGAGGACAUGAACCGGUGCAACACACUCAACACUCAUGCGGUUCGUCUCGUCGAGACUCAACGUCAAGGUCCCAGGAUCAGCCGUUACAACGACCACGUGCAGAGGGUACUGUUCAGUGACGUCGUAUCUCGGAACAGAUUACUCCCUACUUUCGACCCGACCGUUCCUCCGCCAGGGUUUCACUCGUUCCCUAGGAUCCGGGGCCACAACAUGAAGUGGCAGAUGCCGCCCGUGACUUCCUUGAGACCGCCCCGGUGCCUCUUGUCGGGACAGAAUCAGAAUUACUCUAACACGUAUACGAAUAACGAUGCGAACCACGGACCGGGGCCUUCCUCCCAUCCAUAUUAGUUGUUUCGGUGUUUCUUUGGGGGAUACGUGUAUAUUUCUUUUAGGUGUAGCGGGUAUGAUAAGUCGAUUUCAAGCGGUCAAAAUGGCGUCGGUAAAUAUACAAUUUUAUAUAUUAUCUUGCAAGUUUAAUGGUGUCGUCAUUACUUUGACCAUGUCCGGGAAUAACAAAUAUUAUAACUCAUAGUUUUAUACAAGGUUGAUAUAUUGUGGUAUAUUUAUACUGUUGUCUCGUAAUAAACGAAUUGGUCUCAUUAUCAAAUUCACUUUGAAUAAAUAUACAAUUUAAAUUACGGUAUACAGGUAUAACUGUCUCAUUUUGGUUUGAAUUGUUUCCUGUUAAUUAUUAUUUAGGACUUUUUAAAAUUGCAUGAGAUUCAUCACGUCUCACAAUAUAAUUUUGAUGAUCUCAUAAUAAUGAUUUCAUUGAUUGAUUGACUCAUCAUAAAAUUGUUAAAAUUGUUGAUAAUUCUUAUAUUACAGAUCUCGCGAUAAAUUAUUUAUGAGACAGUAUUAUGAUACAUGUUACAACACAUAAAAUAAAUUAUUUUGUAAUUUGUUGUCUGAUAAGAGACCACCAAGACCCGUACGUCCAUCGAGUUAUAUAAAACGGGUCCUUUGACUUGAGUAAAUUGAGAUGUCGUACCCCAUUUUCUAGUUUUACUGUAUUAUACAUUUGAGUUUUUAUUAUUAUAUGCAGCACUUUUUUCGUGCCAUUUAAAAGACUGUAUGUAGUUAAUAGAGUUUGUAAUUUAUUUUAUUUUCCAGUUUAGGAUUAGUUGUCCUGCAACACCUAUCUUGCUUUUCGUUAGUACAAACAUCAAUACUUUUCGAAAUCGCUCGGUUUUCAACAUUUUAUGUAUAUUUAUUACAUCAGGAUGAGUAUUUUUUUAUUACUGCUUAUAAGUUGUAGUAAUAUAGGGCUGUUUGAUUUUUAAGUAGAAAUUCUUGUUUCUAGUAAAAUAAAAGGUUUAUUGUUAAUUUUAGAUUGUAUCCUUUUAUAAAAAAUACACUC